AUGAAUAGAAUCUGCAUAGAUUUGAGUGGUUGCGAUGUCAGUCCUUUGCCUUCUGCAACCUCCUCUCCAUCUCCUGCAGGGUCGGUGGUGGGCGGAUCCUGGCUGGUGUUGCGGGCGUGCACGGAGGCCUCGCCCAGCCUGCUUGCCACCCUCGCCUCGACGCUGCUACUCAUGCACCGCGCCCGCACCCACGACACGGCCACGCCCGUCAUCCCGAUCGCCGGCCAGGAAUCCGCCGUGCACCCUGGCGUCGCUGUCAUCCUGUGCGGGAGCGAAGCCUCCAUCCAGGCGAGGGGCAAGGCGCCCGCCCUCCCGCACUCGCUGGACACCCUGUGCCGCCCCAUCAGGGUGUCCGCGCCGCCGCCGCGCACGCUCGUCUUCGCCUGGCUCUUGGCGCACGACGUACCCAAGGCGCAGCGAAACCCUCCGCCCUUUGCCUCACCUCCCUCAAGAGUCCCUCAAGAGUCCCUCAAGAGUCCUUCACGAGUCCCUCUAGAGUCCCUCAAGAGUCCCUCAGAGUCCCUCAGAGUCCUCAGAGUCCUCAAGAGUCCCUCAGAGUCCCUCAAGAGUCCUCAGAGUCCUUCACGAGUCCCCCUCAACCCGGCAGGAGGCGAGCGAGGCCGUGGCGGAGGUGACGCGGCAGGUGCUGGAGUCGUUCCCAGGGCUCGCGAGACCGGGGCUGCGUCUGCACCAGCGGGUCACCAAGGAGGUCGUGUGCGAUGGCCGCCCUCCUCGCCGAAGCCCUCUCGCCGCUCGAGGCCGCCAUCGCCGCCUUCAGGUUGGGAAUGCUGGCUUAGGCAGGUGAUGCUUCCUCGCCUCCCCAUCGCCUCCCGCCCGAACGUCGCCAGCGUCCUGGACCUGCUGAGCCCCGUGCCCGUCGCCACGCCCCCGUCGCCCUCCAGCAUCGACGAAGAUUUUCAUGGGAAGACACAAGCGGAGAAGAUCUUGCAGAAAAUGGGCCUCAGGAUCUUCUCUCAGCAAGCCGAGGCCGCGGAGGGCGUGGCGAGGGGCGCACGCGAGUGGGGCUGCGUGGUGGUGCGAGGGCCUCCCCGCUCGGGCAAGACGACCGUGAUCACCGUCGCCGGCAGGCUCUUGCAGCACGCCCUCGCGGACCGGGGCGCCCCAGUCUCGACGCGGAGGUCGCAGCCGCCUUCAGGGAGCAACAGGGACGACGCGUCGGUGUCGGACACCGCCGACGGGCUUGACAUCGAGGUCCUCCACGCGAACCGACAGCUGCCCGACCGACAGGUGUACACGAUCCGCCCGCAGAGCUACGACCAGACGACCCUCUUGGGUUCCUCCUCGCAAGACGGCCUCCUGCCACGACUUCUCGAACGACUCACAGCCGCCCAGUCUCACAGCGUGGUGAUCCUCGAAGGGCCCGGAGCGGCGGACUGCCUCCUGCGCCUCCACGACCUCCCAGGAACCCUUCUCCUGGAGUCCCUGAAGGCUGUGCGGAUCGGCCACAACAUCACCUUCGUCGUGGAGGCGCGUGAGGACGAGCCCCUGCCGGCGUGGGUCCUGGGGCGCUCGUGCGUGGUGCAGCUCGACCCGGCCGUCCUCUCUGCUGCCUCCAUCCUGCCCGUCCCCGCCCUGACUCCGCCCCCACCGCUCUCGGACCGUCACAGCCACAGCAGCGCCACGCCCAGAAGCUCUAGCAAGCCUAGUACGCCCCGCCCCGUAGACUCCGCCCGUUCCCAAGCUGACGAGAGCGAGGCCACGCCUGCGAUGCUUAUGGAGUACCUCGUGCACCGCCUCCUGCAGCCCGUGUUAGACGUGGCGGCAGGGCAGUUCGGCUUCCGUCUCGCGGCCGUCGAUCUGAUAAGGCAAAUCGAAGAGCUUCUGGGUGGCAGCUUGACGUCACUCGGCGCAGGAGAAGAACUCACGGCGGGGGAGGUGGCGCGCGUGGUGGAGGCGCUGGUGCAAGGGACCCGAGCUCAACUGGACGUCUCCCUUCUGCCAGAGCUCCUGCUGGCACUCAAAGCCGCCCUCAAGCAGGUGACUGCGGACGGUAUCCUGCAAGGAGGGUGCAUGGAUGCAUUCCCUUGCCCAAACUCACGUCCGUCUCCUGCCCCUGACCUCCUUUCCCUUGCAGUGGUGCAAAGUCUCGCCUCUUACGGCGGCCCUGUCGUCGACUGUUGCUGGGACGCCGCCUCCUCCGUCUGGAGCCCCUGGACGCCCGCACCGCCAGUAGAGGAGGGCGCCGACGCCCACGUGAGGCCGACGCUAGAGAUCUCGAGACUGCAAUGGUUUUUCCAGCGGGUUAUGAAGAGCGGCCUUCCCCUGGCGGUGGCAGGACCUCCCUCGAGCGGCAAAUCCACGACUGUCAUGGCGGUGCUGGCCUCCCUCGGCGGUUGGACGCCCGUGAUAGUGCGAGUGACGCCGACGACGACGCCCGAGGACCUGGAAGAGAUGGUCUUUUCCCGCGUCACGAGGACGUCCUACGACACGCUGGCGCCCGACUCGCCCGUCGUCCUCUGCUUCGACGACCUCGGCUGCCUCCCGGUUGGAGGCAGGACUGAGAGCUACGUGCGCGCCCUGGCCUUCCACGGGGGCGUCUACACGCGCGGCGAGCGGGUGCGCUGGACGGAGCUCGUCGACGUGUAUAUCGUGGGCGUCUGCACUCGCCAGGGAAACCAGGCGGAGGGCGGGCUAGACUUGAGCGGAUGGGUGGUGUACAACAUGGGCUUGGAUGAGUCGUCGUGCUCAUCGGCUGUGUCCGCCGCCCUCACGCCCAUCGCCGCCCUCCAGAGCCAGAUCACCGAGGCGGUCACGACGACGACGGAGACUCUUGCUAAGAGAGUGACGAAACUCCCCGGGCUAAAUGAGGAACCAUUCGGACCCGCGAACGCUCAGGCGAUCCUUUGGCACGUGGCCGCCUUCCUCGCCGACCUCUUCCGAAACCCUUCGUCCCUGGCUUCGUCUUCGUCUACGGGGAUGUUCGUUCUUCGCGCUUGGCUGCACAUGAUCGCCGUUCGCGUCUAUCAUCCCAUUCAUUCUGUUAGGAUGAGGGAGCGAGUGUGGUCGGAGAUUCAGGCGUGUGUGAACGAAGGCUGCGGCGCCGUGUUGGGGGAGGCGCCCCCUGAACUCCCUCUCUCCCUUUGGCCUCCUUCCGUCGACCCCCACGACCCCUCGAACCCGGAGUUUGCCGCAGAAGAGGAGGUCGCAGCUAGCAUUUCCAGGACCUUGGAAUCCAAGAGCACGGACGGAGCAGCCCACGGGCACAGGGGCGUGGCCGUCGGGGUGGCUCUGGUGGUGGACGUUUUGCACGCCCUCCUGCACGCCCGUACAGCCAACGCCACGCCGUUCCUGCUCCUCAUCGGACCGCCUUCCAAGGACAAGGAUAUUGUAGUCAAUCUCGCUGUUUCUUACUUGGGGAUCGAGCUCACGACGGUCGCCGCGGCGGAGGGGGCGCUGGCGGCGCUGCGGGAGAGCGAAGGGAGCGAGCAAGGCGAAGGAGGGAAGGAGGCCUCGUCCCUGCGCCUGGUUUAUAUUCCCGCGUCACUCCUUCGCGGCCGAGAAGUGCUGGAUGCUGUCCUCAGGCUGACGUCCGGACCUCUUUUAAAUGUCAAGAACAAGAAGGUGGUGCUGGUGGCAGGGAGUAGGGAGGAGGUAUGGCCCUUGCAGAAGGACCUGGCGACGGUGGCUCGUCACGGGCGCGUGGUCUGCCUGCCCGCCCACACCGCCGCCCACCAUGAAGCCUUCCUUACUAAACUCCUGCAGGAGAAGGAGGCGCUGAAGGGCGAGAACGAAAGUACGUGUUCGCAGGUGGCAGAGUUCAUGGCUUAUGUGCACAAGAGCUACUGCGACACACCCGCAGGAGGGACUUUGUCCGGAGCGCCUCCACGUAGCUCCAAGGGCUUCUCGCAGCCGCAGAAGCAGCAGCUCCCUUCUGUGGUGGCGAUGGAAGACCUGGUUACGACCUUUGUCAAGAGGCUCAAGGACCGGAAGGAGCACAUGCAGAAGAAGCUUCGCGACCUCCGGACUGCCGUCGGUCGCGUGGGGGAACUGGAGGGUCACGUGACUUCCCUCAAGACCACCAACACCUGCCUGGAGACAACGCUGGAGGAGGCGGCCGCCGAAAUCGCCAAGAUCAAGGAGAAUCUUGAAGACCGAGAAUCGAACAUCGAGACACACGAGAAGGGCGUGGCCGAGCUGCGGGCGGAGGCGGCGCGGGUGGAGCGGGCGGCGCAGGAGCUCAACGGCGAGGUGGAGGAGUACGUGACGGAGACGAAGGCACCGCUGGUCGAGAUCACCAACAGCCUCGCCGAGUUGGACAUCUUGCGAAUCCGGAAACUGCUCUCCCGCUCGCCCAUCUCGGCCAUCCAGGUGGUGUUCGAGUGCGCCGUGUCGCUGAUGAGUAACCAGGACGUGACGUGGAGGGCGGUGCGCCACGCCACUCAGGACGACACCUUCUGCACCAAGAUUGCUGCCAUCUGCGUCCCCAGCCUCAAGCAAGCGCAGAUCGUUAGCCUCACGGAGAAGCUCGAGCAAAUCAAGAUGACGCCGGAGCACCUGUCUCGCGUGAGUGACAUCGGCGGCAUCCUCCUGCAGUAUCUGCGUACCGCCAUCUUUUUCUGGCACAGGUAUCACGAGGACGUGCAACCGCGACAGGAGCGCGUUCAGGAGCUGAAGGAUCAGUGCACGCAGCUGCAAGUGGAAAUGGCGACGAAGGAGAGGCUGAUUCGAGGCGCCCGGGAGGAGGUUGCCAAGCUGACGGCGCGACUGAAGGACGAAGAGGGCCGGGUAGUUACCCUCAAAAGGCAGAAGAUCGACGUCGAGGAGGAGCUGGCCAACGUGUUAGCGGUCAUCACGGAGCUGCAACCGCACGCGGAGAGUUGGAGAAGGAAGAUCAAGGAGCAGGAGGACAUGCUGACGCAGCUGACCGGGAAGUGUCUUUUGGAGGCAUCGAGGCUGACGUACUUGUCUGCUCUCCCCCCUGGCCCGCGCUCCGCCCUCGCCGGCGUGUGGGAGGCCGACCUGGUGAGCAGGGGCCUUCUUGCGCCGCAGCAGCCGCAGCCGCAGCGGGGCCUUCGGUUGGUCUUGCGUGCUGGGGAGCUUCAGCAGGACGUCGACGAGGCCCUCCAGCAUCACGCCAAUCGUGCCCCUCUUCUGCUCCUGCGGGAUCCUCAUCAUUUGGUGGAGGAGUACGUCAGAGGUGGAGUUUGGGUGAAUGUGGAGUCGGGGUCGUGGAGGGAGGCGCUGGUGGAGAGGCUGGCAGUCACUCCACGCACGCCGCUCUAUUUACGACUGCAACAUGCUGCGACUUUGGAGGUGGUGGCCUGUACACAGAAACUGCUACAGGGUGAGUGUCAUGGGAAGAGAAAAGAAAGAACCACUAUGGGCAGAGGAAGAACAAGAUAAAUCAAGAAUUAAAUCUACAAAGCUACAAGAAUAAGUCAGGAUAAAAUGUUUGCUAAUGCAGAUUAAAAGUCCAAUCGAUAAUGUUAUGAGUUAAGACAAAACCGUCAGGAAUGAUGAAUAAAA